AUGUCAAAAUACAAUCCUAAAGUUUUCUAUGAGUAUGUGAAUGCAAACAACAAAAUUAAAUCAGGCAUAACGUCAAUUUUCGAUGAAUUUGGCUAUCUUCAUACAAAUAGAGAAGCAAUUGCAAAUAUCUUUAAUAAAAGUUUCAAUUCUGUUUUUGUUCAUGAAAAUAAAGAUAAUAUUCCACUUGUUACAACUAAAACUAAUAAGACUAUACAAUUAGAUGUAGACAAUCUGAUCACUCGUGACUCAAUUGAAAAGAAAUUAGAACAAUUAGAUAUCAACAAAUCUGUUGGUGUAGAUGGAGUUAGUCCAUAUGUAAUAAACAAAUGUCAUAGCACCAUUUGCAAACCAUUACUAAUGUUCAAAAAAUCUCUAAAAGAAGAAAAAGUACCAGAGUUAUGGAAAUUGGCAAAUGUCACUCCUUUGUUUAAAAAAGGAGAAAAAAGUGAUGCAUCAAAUUAUAGACCGAUUUCACUAACAUCAAUACCAUGUAAAGUGUUAGAAUCAAUCAUUAGAGACGAAAUGAUGAAUUAUUUAUUGACGAAUGGUUUACUAAAUGAAAAUCAACACGGAUUUUAG